AUGGGCAAUGAUGCCACAUCUUAUUCCUUCGAGGAUUCUGAACAGAAUUUUUUAAAUACAUACAAUCUGACUGAGAUCCCAAAUGUUUUUACGCAUGAAGAUGUUAUCAUUUCCAGCUUCCUUCUUAUGAUAUCCUUGUUUGGACUUCUGGGGAAUGGAACAGUCAUCCGGCUUCUUGGCUUCCAUAUGAAAAGGAAUUCUUUUACCAUCUAUAUCCUGAACUUGGCUGUCGCUGACUUUGCAGUCCUCAUCGCCCUAAUGCUAAGAGCAAUAGAUGUGAUUCUAAUAGCUCACCAGGAGUCCCUUAAUUUGAUUGUGAUGGUUGCUUUUGGCAUAAUCUUCUUCUUCAUGUACAACACUAGCCAACUUCUACUGACAGCAAUCAGUAUUGAGAGGUGUGUGGCUGUCUGGUUCCCAAUUUGGCAUCAAUGCCAUCGGCCACCAAAGUUAUCCACCAUUGUGUGUGCUCUGAUAUGGGUCCUCUCUUUGAUUCUAUGUGGAAUUCACAUAAUUGUUAUUGCUGCUGGCUGUGACCCACUGGUACAUGCUAUUGUGACCAUUCUGAUCUGUUAUCCACUGAUGGCCACCUCUACUCUGACUUUAUUUGUUAAAAUCUGCUUUACACAAAAAAAGCAAAAGAGGACAAAGACUUUAACGGUAAUUCUGCUUGCACUGUUAUUUUGCCUAAUCUUUGGUAUUCCACCAGCGAUCUAUACUGUUUUUGUUUAUUAUCACGGGUUUCGCCUGGUUUUGACUUUUGAAAACAUUGUAUGUCUCUGUGCUUGUCUAAACAGCAGUAUCAACCCAAUGCUUUAUUUCUUUGCUGGGAGAGGAAAAAAGGUUCAGUCUAGGGUAUCUCUGAGAGAUAGACUCCAGAGGGUUUUUUUUGAUGAACAAGACCACAGGGAGGGAGAGGGACCUCCAGAUUAA